AUUGCCAUACGAAGUUAAAGAGCUAUUUAUUACAGCUAGUUUACAGUAAGGAUACAUUGACUUAUACUUAUGAUUGACAGUAUCACUUCGUCUUGAAAUCUCGAUAAGCAAACCGAAAUAAUUUUAGAAGUCUUUACAACUGUGUCCUUCAAUGCAUGGACACAUACGUUGAUGGCUGUGAACAUAAUUGUUGAACAAUAAACGAUGACAUUCAGUCGUGUGUCAGAAAUAUUUGGAGAAGUUUAAUAGUCUUUUAAUAAAUGUUGUGUCUGGUAUGGGAUUGCUGCUGUUAAUUGUAAUCGUUUUUUAUUCCAAGGAAUAUUAAGUGCGUGUUUAUGAUAGUUUUAAUAUUAAAAUAAAGUGUUAUAUUUCUACAGCCAUGGAGUUCUCGGAGUAUAUUUACCCCAAAAUGAGCCAUGUCGUCUUUGGUUCGGAGGCUUCGCGGAAGAUCGCGACAGAACCCAACUGGAAAGCAAAAGAAGAAAUCUUCGGGGCUUAAUUGUUUGUGCCGAGGGCUACCGGACACCGACGAUGUGGACGAAACCGGAAAGCCUUUAGAAGGGGCAAAGAAAAAUCGGUUAAAUCUUGAAGAAACUGUUGAUUGUAAUAAAACUGACACAAUGGGGAAAGCUGAAUCAAAACAGUGGCUUACGGAGAAAAUUGUGGGAAAGUAUUAUGAAACUGAUGGCUUAAGAGCAGAUCCUGCGGGUGGAAACUAUGAACUUGACAAAAAUAGAACUAUAAAUACAGUAGAAAUAUGUACGUCAUCUGAGAAUGCCAGUGUUGAAGGCACGUCAGAAACUAAGAAUUCUGAUAUUGAAGAUGUGAAAGUAGAUUUAAAUGACGACCAAGUGAAACCAACAGUUUGCAAAGACGUGUCGGCUCAGGUUGUACAGAUAUCUGAAUUAGUUGCAUCCUCUAAGAUCGCACCAGAGUGCAGUGAUAUUCUUGGGCCUGAAUCAGAAACGGCAAAUAUUAAACAAAAGCGCGAUAAACUUAAAGAAAGUAAACAAGUCGGCAGGGCCAAACAGGACGAUUCUUUUGGUGAAAGUUGUGUCCAAGAACAUCUGCAAGUUGGCGUAAACCAUGAAGUCAAUGGUGUACAUGAAAAUAAUGAAACUGAUGAAGAAUAUGAACAGGCCGUCGACAACGUUGACGUACCCAUCAGAGAAAAAUCACCAAUCAAACUAAAAAACCCGUUGGUUAAGAUGAAAAGCAAGAUCAUGGACGCUCUAUCGUUCCAACAUUUUGACACCUACACUCCCAAAAUGUGCAUCGACAUGAUGAAGCAAAGCCCAACUCUGAAGUUCUUGGCAGCGCUGAACAAGAAGUUAAAACAACAUGAGAAGGGUUGGAUCGGCGAGUUUCUGGAGCAGGAUGGCGGGGAGGCGCUAAUGGAUCUUGUGGACACAUUGGGAGUGAAGCGGGUGGUGCAAUUAUCGGACGCAAUGCUGCUGUUAGAGUGCGUGCAGUGCGUCAAGUCGCUGAUGAACUCCAGGAUGGGGCUGGCUUAUCUAGUGGAGCAUGGGGACACGCUGAGUCGCCUUGUCAGAGCGCUGGACACCAACAACGUGAUGGUAAAGAAGCAGGUAUUCGAGCUGCUGUCGGCGCUCUGUGUCUACUCUGCCGACGGCUACCGGCUCACCAUGACCGCCCUGGACAGUUUUAAGGUGGCAAAGAAGCACCGGUACAAGUUCAGCGUGAUCGUCCACGAGCUCCGUACGGCGGAGAUCGUUCCCUACAAGACGACGCUGAUCGCCUUCAUCAACUGCAUCCUGGUCGCUACAGAGGAACUGGAGGAGCGCGUCAGGCUCAGGAACCAGUUCAUAGGUCUGAACCUGUUGGACAUCCUCGACGAGCUGCGAGGCGAGGAGGACGAUGACCUCGUUAUCCAGUGUAACGUGUUCGACGACGAGAAACAGGACGACGACGACGCUUUUAACGCGCUCAAUCCCAUCGGCAUCGACAUCACCGACCACAGUGCCGUCUUCAAUGCACUCUAUCAAAAGGUGUACAACACGCCGCACUCGAACGAUCUGCUCACCAUCCUGCAGACGCUGCUGCGAAUAGACACAGACAACCAAGAUGGGGAUGUGCGAUGGGAUUGUGCGGAAUCGGCUAUACGCCAGGCGAUAUACAUGCCCCUACCCCGGGGGCCGACCUCCCUACCCCUCCAUAACGGGAGCAGUAGCGGGAAACAGCUAGAAUACUUUAAAACGCAGAGUAAAGAAAUCAGUUGUCAGACGGAUCCGCCGACAAUUAAUAACUCUUCUGUGAUAAGUGCAGCCACAAAGACGUCAUUUGCAAACGCAAUAAAUGAAUUAAAUGCGAUGAACCCUCCAAAUAUUCUGUCUCAAGGGGGUGGCUCUGUGCCUCUUCCCCCUCCUCCACCGCCUCCUCCACCCUUUUCCAUGCCUUGCGGGGCAGCCUCUCCUCCUCCACCACCACCGCCACCACCGCCGCCACCGCCUCCAGGAAGUGGAGCUCCCCCGCCACCACCACCACCGCCUCCUCCUCCACCAGGAAAGGGGAUCCCGCAACCGCCGCCGCCGCCAGGAUCGGGAGUCCCGCCUCCUCCCCCACCACCUCCUGGGAUUGGAAGGGGCACAUGUGGCGGGGCACCGCCCCCACCACCGCCGUUAGGGGGAAUACAAAGAGCAGCAACGUUCCCACUUAGAUCUCAACCAGACCCCGUGCCGAGGAUUAGCACCCCGACUCCGAAGAACAAAAUGAAGACAUUCAACUGGUCGAAGAUCCCACCAAACUCAGUAACAGGCGAAGGGAAUGUGUGGAAGACUGUUGGCUCUAUGGACGACCAGAUCCCCGUCAACUACGACACAAUCGAACAGCUGUUCAAGCAGGACGAGGAGAAGGCGGGGACAGAUAGUCCGGCCAAACAGAGCGUACCCACAAAGAUGCUCCUAUUGGACAACAAGAAGAGCAUGUCUGUGAACAUCUUCUUGAAGCAGUUCAAGGAGCUCAACCCGGAAAUCGUGGCCAUGAUACGCGAGGGCAACGAGGCCAACAUCGGCAACGAGAGGCUACGGGGACUCCAGAAGAUCAUGCCGGAUGCAGAGGAUAUGAGACCCAUAUUAGAGUACACCGGUGACAAGGACCAACUGGGGAAUGCUGAACAGUUCUAUCUAGAGUUGCACGCCCUUGAUGGAUACCGUCUAAGAAUAGACGCCAUGGUGCUACGGCUCGACUUCGGGGUCUUUGUCGAUAAAAUGAAACCGCUCAUUGCAAUGUUCAUGAAAACAUGCGAAUCUCUGAUGAACAAUGAUUCCCUGAAAGUUUUCCUUCGAUAUGUUCUACACACUGGAAACUUCAUCAAUGCUGGCAAGUACUCUGGCAACGCCGUGGGUUUCCGGUUGAGCUCCCUUGUGAAGCUGAUGGAUACUCGCGCCAACAAGCCCCGCGUUACUCUGCUGCAUUACAUCGUUAACGAGGCGGAGAAGAAGAACAGAGACGCCAUAACCUUCGUGGAAGAGCUGUAUCCAAACCUGAACAACCUGAGCAGGUAUACAGUGGAUAACAUGACGGCGGAGAUAGCCGAGAUCAACACCUCUGUGACGUCAAUCGAGAACAAGCUGUCGUCGUCAUCAGAUGACGUCAAACAACAGUUUCAGGAUUUCAUACAGAAGGUCAAAGAUGAGCUAGACAAGAUCAAGGCUGGCGCGGCCGAGAUAGUCGAGGUCUCCAAGAAACUGGCGGCUCAUUUCUGCGAAGACGAGGCGUCCUUCAAAUUAGAAGAAUUCCUCAGCAUGAUAACCUUGUUCUGCUCCAAGGUCAAGCAAUGUCAAAAGGAAAACGAACAGCGCCGCGUACAGGAAGAGAAAGCUGAGCGACUCCGGAAGGCCCAGACAGAGGAGAAGAAGAAACCGAAAGAGCCCCGGAAGAUCCCGUCUCAGGAAGAGGACGGCUGCAUCAUCGACAAUCUGCUCUCAGAGAUCCGGAAGGGCUACAGUCUCCGGAAGUCGCCAAAGAAACAAAGCGAGUCCGUUUGUUAAAGUUGGUCUGAGCUUUUUUGCGGUGGACGUUACCUGUCCGCGCACGCUGUUUGUCAUAAACACGGAGCAUGUGUGCGGACUUCCACAAACUAUAUAUUGAAAAUAUCAUAGUAUCUGACAUCCGAAUUUCCGAGCAUCAUACCUUUAUGAUAUUUUAGUUGUUAAAAGCAUUUUAUGUGGACACGUCGGUGUAUAGUUGAAAUGUGUUACUACACCGCGGAAAAUGCAGCAAGUGUUUAUGAAACUGAAACUCUUUAUCGAUGACUUGGUUUCGAACAUUUAGCAUUCGAUGUGGUUGUAUCAUUCGUAUAACUUUACAGUUGAAUUAAGUAGGUGUACAUUACUAUUUACAACCGUUGUUGUUAGCUUAUAUUGACAACAGUUAUCAAUAUUAACAAGUCAGAGUAAUCGUUCGCAUAAUUGACAACAGUAAUAUUCAGUUCAUAUUGAUAACAGUUACAGAUUAAUUAUAUUGACUAUAGUUUCUGUUGGCUUAUAUUAUACUGUUGGGUUAUAUUGACAAUAGUUACCGAUGGCUUUUAUUUUACUGUUGGCUUAUAUUUACAACACGUACAGUUUACUUAUAUUGACAAUAGUUACUGUUUGCUUACAUUUUACUGUUAGCUUAUAUUGACAACAGUUACUUAUGGCUUAUUUUGGAUUUUAAUCAGCUUAGAAAGUGUUGCAAUUGCCCUUGAGAAUUUCGCAGUUGUGUGUCUUGAUAUAAAUAAGGCAUUAUAGUUAUAAUAUCUAAGCUUUGUUUAUUAUAAUAUUGUAUGCAUCACCAAAAUGUAUACAAUAAUACAGUUUAUCUCAUGUUAUUUGUUAAUGCGUUGAGUAUUGUGCGUGAUUAUGAAGUUGUUUGCUUAAUCAGUGUCUAUAUCACUUAUUUAGAAAUCUCAAUAAUCCGAUUGUGUAAUUUUCUUAUUAAUUGUGCAUAUACGGAAGCAUUUCGGUAAUACUUCAUAUUUUAUAUUUUUUAUUCAAUGCAUCACCAUAAUUAAUACAAUAAUAUGGUUAUAUCCGCCAGAAUUCCUGAAGGCUUUGAGCUUUUUAAAAUCAAAUGGUGGUUUUGUACAAUUGCAUGCAUGCCUAAUUUGUUAUAUCUCAGUCAUCCAAUCCUUUUUUUAAAUAUAAGGUUGCAUUACGGUAAAACUUAACGCUUACAUGAUUUAUGUUGUGUCUUAUUUAGUUAAGAACAGAAAAUCAUACCUGUAUAGAAGCAAAAAGCGACAGCGUUUAUUCGAUCUUGUUGUGGGAAAACUGAUGUCUAAGACGCACGUUAAGUGGUGUAUAUAUUUUACUGAAUGUAUUUUGCGUACAAAAAUGAAAAAAAAAAACACUGACAAAUACUGGUCAACAGAUUUGCCAGAAAUUUGUUCAGAAAACAAUGUUAAGAAAAAUUAAGCAGGAAUAUAAACUGAAUUAUUGUCACGUGUCACAUAGAUUUACAUCUGAAUCAAAAUCGAGUAGUUAAUUAGUUAUAUAAUUUUAUGUGUUAGUCUACAGGGACUCUAAUCAUGUGCAUAGUAUUUUCCUUAUCCUGUGUGUUAUCAUUUCAGACCAUUUACAUGGUUUAUAGCAUUUCUUACCUAACAGCAUGUUGUUGUUUACACUGUUUGAUAGUCAAUGAUGUUUCAUUUAGUUAAGAACCAACCAGUGUUACGAUAAAGAUAAGACUCUGGAUGCUUAUUAGUCAUACGCGCUUGUCGACAUUCUCACAUAAUCACUUAUUUUAUUUUGUGAUAUGAAAUUUAAUAAAUAAAAUUAAUUAAUGAUA